GUAAUUCCUACCGUCCACCGCCGCCGCCAUGUAUCUCGCUCUACGCAGGCUAGCUUUCCUGCCGGCGGCAAUUAACUCCUAUCGCGCGCACCACCGGCCCGACAACCCACCACCAACCCUUUCCCCCACCCUGAGAGUUCUCACCCAAUUCAGGGGAGGCAGCCACGGCGGCGGCGGAAUUAGGGUUCGUCAUCCACUCAAUUCCAGCUUCGGUCUCCAUCUGUGUCUCGACAAAUCAAUCCCAUUCGAUCCAAAUUACUCCACGCAGAAUCGCUGCCGGAACACAUUGAAAAGAAUAACGUUCGCCCGGGCCAAUUUCGGCAGACCAAGUUUCGCGGCUGCGGCGGCGGUGUCGGGCCUGACGGAGGUGCUAAACCACGGCGAGGGAUACGGUGGCGCCGCCAACAGAGGCGGAAGCCGGAGUUCCGCCGGCGACGGUCUGUUCUCCAUAGCAGCACAAUGCAUAUUUUGGUCGUGUUUACUUGUAUUAGUAGGACAGGUACCGGCGCCGAUGUUCAAUCCCUCUGGUAUGUCCGGGAGCAUCAUCGAGAUUUUGGUUCUGAUACUCUUGACCGUUUGGAUUAAUGUGAUGGUCGGGAUUGUUUGGACGUUCAUCAAGGGAUGCCUCUAUAUUGCCCUGGUGCCGCCGCUAGCAUGGUCGUUGUGGCGGCUCUGCCGGUGCCUCUGGCGGCGGUGGACUUCCCGCCACAAGUGGUGGCGACCAAGGGGAUGAAACAAGGAGGAAAAAUGGCGGUAGGCAACACCUCGCAGUUUUUUUUUUUCUUCAUUUUAUUAGCAAUCGUUCUUUCUUAAUAACUGGGAAUGUAGAUAGAAUAUACAAAUGAAUACAACUCUGAAGGUUCGUG